CUUUUUUUUUUUGUUGUGGGUGGGAAGAAAUCGUGAUUAUGUUUUCCUGCUUUCAAAAAUAAAACAACCAUUUACACAAAUUGCUAUUUGUCUACUUAGUGUAUUAGUCAUGUCUAUUUUGUGGGGCACUAUCUUAAAAUGUUUAUAUAUGUUUGUCCAAUCAAAGCGCAAAUUAAAUUUAAAGCAAAUCAAGGAAGACUUUUUCAACUUGAGCAUUAUUUAUUUCACACAAAAGGAUUCAUUUUCUUAAUUAGCCUCUGUCUAUAUAUACACACACACUUUACAUGCCAAAUGCUAAUUAAACAAAAGUGUUACAGAGUAGUAUUCUUAUAGUAUUAAUCAAGAAAAUGGAGAUAGCAUUAGAAGAAGAAAUAUUUGAGCCAGCAAGUCCAAGCGCACAAUAUUUGAACAGCUCCAAUUUAUCACUUUCAGUGAUUGCUGUUUUGGAAUCAAAAAUUCCAAUUGACUAUGAAGACUCACUUGCCAUAAAUUUACUCAAAGAUGUAUUUGUACCUAUAAAUCCAAGAUUUUCCUCAAUUAUGGUCAUGGGCAAAAAAGGGACAAAAAAAUGGAAGCGAGUCGAAGUGAACUACCAAGAUCAUAUUAAAACUCCAAUAUUUCCAACUGAAAAAUCAAUCGAAUUCUAUGAUAAGUGCUUCUCCACUUAUAUAUCAAACUUAGCAAUGGAACAAUUCCCGCAAAAUCGACCGCUAUGGGAAAUUCACGUAUUCAAAUAUCCAACAAGCGAUGCAGCGGGAAAUGUAAUUUUCAAACUCCACCAUUCACUUGGAGAUGGUUAUUCAUUAAUGGGAGCUCUUCUUUCAUGUUUACAACGAGUCGAUAAUCCUUCACUUCCUCUAACAUUUCCUUCGCGCCAAAAAUCGAAUUUAAAUAAUUCGAAUAAACACAAAGAUUUCAUUAGUAAUUUUAAAAUCGUACCUCGAUUUUUUAAAGGGAUCGUAAAUACAGUGUAUGAUUUUGGAUGGAGUACUUUGAAGAGCACUUUGAUAGAAGAUGAUCGGACGGCAAUUUAUUCCGGUGAGGAAGGAGUUGAGUUCCAACCGAUUGAUUUGGCUACCAAGACAUUUUCGCUCCAUAGUCUCAAGCAAAUUAAAGCCAAUUUAAACGUGACAAUAAACGAUUUGAUAACGGGGAUAGUUGUAUAUGGAACAAGAUUAUAUAUGGAAGGAGUAGAUAAAGAAACAUGCAAUGGAAAAUGCAAUGCUUUGGUUUUAUUCAACACAAGGGCACUUGGUGGAAGUUAUAAAUCAGUUAGUGACAUGAUAAGGCCUAAUUCUGAUAUGCCAUGGGGAAAUCAUUUCACCUUUUUGCCUGUCUCAUUACCAAAAUUAACUGAUAAUAAAAGUAAUAAUCCUCUUUACUUUGUUCAGAAAGCUCAUAAAAUUAUAGACAGGAAAAUGAAUUCUGCAUCUAUUUGGCUUACUAGUAAAUUGCUUGAUUUAUUGAGGAAGCUAAAAGGUCCUGAGGCGACUGCUCAAUUUAUUCAUGGGACAUUGAAGAACACAAGCAUGGCAUUAACAAAUCUGAUAGGGCCAGUGGAAGAGAUGGCUUUGGCUAAUCAUCCUAUUAAAGGAUUAUAUUUUGUUGUCACUGGUGCUCCACAGAGUUGCUCAGUGACGAUAAUGAGUUAUGUGGAUACGCUAAGAAUUGCAAUAGUUGUGAGGAAAGAUUUUAUAGAUCCAAACAAGUUGAAAUCUUGUAUUGAAUUUGCCUAUGAUUCCAUUGCCAAGGCUGCAAUCAACUCUUCUAAAGUGGAAAAGGAUGACCAAGGGCAGGGCAGGUCUAUGUCUAUGCGGGGGCGAGGUGGGGUGGGACAGGUAAUUUGGUGUGAUAUCACUGAGUAUAUUGUUGUUAUUGUAUAUUCACAAAAAUGUAUACAUUUACGAAUUGUUGAUGGAACCUUUAUCAAAUUGUUAACAAUGUAAUUGGGCCUAACUAAUGGGCUCCUGCAAGUAAGAUAACAACCAGUUCAAUUUUAUUGAAAACACAAUUC